GAAAUGCUAAACGCUUCCCUAAAACAAAUUCGCAACUAUAAAUACACCAAACGGAAAUGAGGUGAAAUAACACACUUUGAAGUUUUAAAGUAGUAGCUCCAACUGCCUCUGCCUGCCUCCACUUCGCUUGUGUUUCAACGAAGAAAUGGCACGCAAGAAGAUCAGAGAGUACGAUUCCAAGAGAUUGUUGAAGGAGCAUUUCAAGAGGCUUUGCGGCAAAGAAUUGCCAAUCAAAUCUGCUCAAGUGACGGAGUCAACUGAUUUCAAUGAGCUAGAAGAGAAGGAGCCAUGGGUUUCGUCGCAGAAACUGGUCGUUAAACCUGAUAUGUUGUUCGGAAAGCGUGGGAAGAGUGGUUUGGUUGGCUUAAAUCUAGAUUUCGCCCAAGUUAUUAAUUUUGUGAAAGAGCGCCUAGGCAAAGAGGUGGAAAUGGGCGGAUGUAAAGGACCUGUUACAACGUUCAUCGUUGAACCUUUCAUCCCUCACAAUGAAGAGUUCUACCUUAACAUUGUCUCCGAGAGACUUGGUUGCAGCAUUAGCUUUUCAGAGUGCGGAGGAAUUGAAAUUGAAGAGAAUUGGGAUAAGGUUAAGACCAUAUUUGUCCCAACCGGGUCAUCUUUCUCCUCAGAAACUUGUGCUCCACUUGUUGCAACCCUUCCCUUGGAGAUCAGAGGAGAAAUCGAGGAGUUCAUCAAAGUAAUUUUUACUCUAUUUCAAGAUCUUGACUUCACCUUCCUUGAGAUGAACCCUUUCACACUGGUUGAUGGAAAGCCUUAUCCUUUGGAUAUGAGAGGCGAGCUGGAUGACACUGCUUCUUUCAAGAACUUCAAGAAGUGGGGUAGUAUAGAAUUUCCAAUGCCAUUUGGAAGAGUAAUGAGUGCAACUGAAAGCUAUAUUCAUGGGCUAGAUGAGAAGACAAGUGCAUCUUUGAAAUUUACAGUGUUGAACCCUAAGGGACGCAUUUGGACAAUGGUAGCUGGAGGAGGUGCAAGUGUCAUCUAUGCUGAUACGGUUGGAGAUCUUGGCUUUGCUUCUGAGCUUGGAAACUACGCAGAAUACAGUGGAGCACCCAAUGAAGAGGAAGUGUUGCAGUAUGCCAGAGUAGUAAUUGAUUGUGCAACUGCAGACCCUGAUGGUUGCAAAAGAGCCCUCGUAAUUGGUGGAGGAAUAGCUAACUUUACUGAUGUGGGUGCUACAUUUAACGGCAUAAUUCGAGCCUUGAAGGAGAAGGAAUCAAAGCUCAAAGCGGCACGGAUGUACAUAUAUGUGAGGAGAGGAGGUCCAAAUUACCAGAGGGGCCUUGCAAAAAUGAGGGCACUUGGAGAAGAAAUUGGCAUCCCUAUUGAGGUUUAUGGUCCUGAAGCUACAAUGACCGGUAUAUGCCAGCAGGCUAUCCAGUACAUCACUGCUGCUGCAUGACUUGUUGGUUCUUGAAUUCAAUCUCUGAUUGUUAUAUCUUUUCUAGUGAGACAUGUUCAUUAGAUUUCCAUUUUCAUUGUACUAGAAACCUCACAAAGUAACAAACCAUCUGUAGUUUGCUGAGAAUGAACAUGAGAUCUCAGGCAGAUGGCAUUUGUCAGCAAUAAAGAGCUCAAAAAUGCUCAAUCUUUGUCUCCCCA